AGUCACUUCGGGGUUUUGAUUCCGGUACUCACCCAGAUCCUCGUGAAGUGCCUCAUCGAACAAGGGGCUUUUGGACAACAGCGGCCAGGACUUUGGUCAUUUCCUCGGUGGUGAACAGGAUUCAGAGGAGCUGCUGACAAUCAUCCCAGCCUCCACAUCACCCUCUGUGAGGAAGGUUUCUUGAUCUGCCCCUUUGACAAGGAGUAACUGAAGACCGGAAAGACCCGCAAGGAUAUGCUGACAGGUUCCAGCCAGCCUGCUGAGGCCAAGACAAAGACCCAGAGCAUGAGUCAUCGAUUAGGCAUGUGCCGUAUGCCCUCUGCCCAGAUGAGGGGUCAGGGCCUCAGAAACCAGAGAAUCCACACCCACCUGAUGGAGAUGAUGCUGCACUUGAAGCAGACCAUAGAGAAGAACCUCAUGCACCUAACGACCAGGCACCUGCAGCAGGACCUGGUGCUGGAGGAGCAGAGGCACAGUCAGGCUGCCAGUGAGGAGGAAGCCCUCCUGGGCCGCUUAAUUUACCAGUUGGUCAACCUCCUACAGUCUGGGGCCGUGGGUGGCCUAGGGCUCCAACCAUCUUGCCCUUCCCUGGACGUUAGGCGUGAUGUCAGAGGUGGGCAGUGGGCCCAGUCCUCCAGGCAGCCUGACUGGCCAGUUCACCAACUGAGUGAUCUUGAAGCUACAUUUGUCAGUCAGCACCUGUCCAGCCGUGGGAUUGACAUCUCUGCCUUAUACCACUCCAGCUUCCAGGACUACAAGAUCUACCAAAGAGACAAAUACCACGAGGACAAGAACACCAUGGGCUUCAUUAACCUUGGACUCAGUGAGAAUAAGCUCUGCCUCGAUCUGAUGACUGAACGGUUGAGUCAGAGUGAUAUGAACUACAUUGAGGAUGACUUGCUGCAAUAUCCUGAUUGGAGAGGGCAACCAUUCCUGCGAGAAGAGGUGGCCCGGUUCCUGACCUACUACUGCAAGGUACCUGACCAACUUGAUCCAGAAAAUGUAGUUGUUCUAAAUGGCUGCUCCUCUGUAUUCUCCACACUGGCCAUGGUUCUUUGUGAUCCAGGGGAGGCCUUUCUGAUUCCUGCCCCCUUUUAUGGUGGCUUCGCCUUUAGUGCCUGCCUGUAUUCGAAAGUUGAGCUGAUUCUUGUCCACCUGGACAGUGAGGUCACAGAUGCAAAUCCCCAUCCUUUCCAGCUCACUGUGGACAAGCUGGAGCAAGCUCUACUUGAGGCUAGGCUUACAGGGAAAAAGGUCAGAGCCCUCAUUCUAAUCAACCCUCAGAAUCCUUUGGGAGAUGUCUACUCUCGAGACUCACUACAAGAAUACCUGGAGUUUGCCAAGAGGUACCACCUUCAUGUAAUUAUAGAUGAGAUUUACAUGCUGUCUGUGUUUGAUGAAUUCAUCACAUUCCACAGUGUUUUGAGCAUGGAAAGUUUGCCUGACCCCAACAGGACCCAUGUGAUCUGGGGCACCAGUAAGGAUUUCGGCAUCUCUGGCUUCCGCUUUGGUGUUCUCUACACCCACAACAGGGAGGUGGCCUCUGCUGUGAGCUCUUUUGGCUACCUCCAUGGCAUUUCUGGCAUUGCCCAGCAUAAGUUGUGCCGGCUGCUCCAGGACAGAGAGUGGAUUGACAAAGUAUACCUGCCCACCUACCGCUCCCGGCUGCAGAUAGCUCACGGAUACAUGACCAAGAAGUUGGAGGCAUUAGGGAUCCCUUUUCUCAACCGUGGCUCUGGCCUCUACAUCUGGAUGAACUUGAAAAUGUACCUGGAUCCGUGCACCUUUGAGGAAGAGCUGCUCCUGCAUCGCCGCUUCCUGGACAACAAGCUGAUAUUGUCCCGUGGCAGGACCUACAUGUGCAAGGAGCCCGGCUGGUUCCGUAUCACCUUUGCGGAUAAGCCCCUCCUGCUAAAACAAGCCAUGCACCGGUUCUGUCAGGUGCUCUCGGAGCAGAAGCAGGAUCUGAUCAUGAAGCAACUGGAGAAUGCACAGAGAGAGUAAGUGGGCUGCCGCCAGUCACAUGCUCAGGGCAUCCCUGACAUCAGCGUCUGGUCCAGAAGGCUGAGGGUUUUGGCCUGAUGCUGUGACAGAGCCAACAAGGGGCUCUUCCAGGAGUGGGCUCAUCUGACCCAAUCAUCAAUUUUCUCAAGCUGAGGAUCUGUCGUUUUGGAAGCGUUGCACCUUUUUUAGUCUUUGCUAGCCAUUGUGUGCCUAUGUGGAAUGCUUUUAUAGAGUUUGGGGUGGGAGCUUUUGGGGUCCCUAUUUUGAUGGUUUUACUUUUGUAUUUAGUAUCUAAUAAAUUUAAUCUUCUCUUAAACUCUA